AUGCCAAAGGUUGCGCCAACACGGUGGAAUUAUAACAUUCGCACAGUCAGUGCCGUUUUUGAGAACCGUGAAAGUCUUAUUGAUUGUUUCCGGGAGUUAGAGAAUAAAUGUGAUAAAACAAUUACUAGUAAGGAGGCAUACGGUUUAAGAAGAGCACUCGAAGAUUCUGAUUUCAUCUUUUUUUUGACUUUUUUUCACAAAACCCUACCGCACGUAGCUAUUUUGUUUAACCAGUUUCAAAGUAGGAAUAAAGACAGUGUACAACUUUUAAAAGAUAUUGACGUAUUUGAGAAGGCCAUUGUAUUGAUUAGGGACACUACAGAGGAUAUACAGCAAACUGUUGAAAAUGAGCAUGGAGACAAUGGAAAUAAACGCAGAAAAGUAGGACCCGAAGAAAGAAAUUGUAUUAUUGCAAAAGAAGUUUGCGAUAUAAUAAUUGUACAGACAAAAGAGAGACUUUCUUACAGGGGUCAUCUAGAAGCUGCAUCUUUAUUAGAUACACAAAACUUCACAAACUAUUCGAGAUAUUUUCCAGCAAAAAUACUGAAUUCAGUUGUGACUUAUUAUCCAAUGGUAAAUAAAGAAAAACUGAAAACCGAAUUAGAAGUAAUGUACAUGAGGGAAGACUUCAAAAAUAUUACAGGUGGUUUGAAUUUGCUGUCCCUAUUGACUAAUAACAACCUAGAGGAAACUUUUAGCGAAGUAACUAAGUUGUUGCAAAUAAUUAUAACUACUCCCAUGUCAACUUCCGAAGCAGAGCGCUGUUUCUCAACCCUUAAGAGGAUAAAAUCGUUUUUAAGAAACUCGAUGGGCAAUGAACGACUGAAUGCAUUGGCAAUGAUGUCUGUUAAUAAGAAUCUGGUACAUAAUAUCAGCAAUUUCGACGAAAAAGUGAUGGAACAUUUUAUUUCACAGAAAGACAGAAGAUUAGACUUUACAUAUAAACAUUAA